AUGCUUUCUCGUUCUACUUUGAUCAAACCGUCCCGAGCCAUUGUUGCAAAUAAAUCACCGAAUCUAGCCUGCCGCCGACUACGUUCUACGAAAUAUUUCUUCCACGAUGCUGCUGUUGGAUCGGCUAUUCAACCGCCCGUUGAUGUGUCGUCUAUGGCUCGGCUACCAACAAGAUUGCUUCUGCGCUCUCUAAUUUUGACUUCCUUGAUGAGAUCAAAACUGUUUCUACGGCCAGCGCUGGCCCUGAUAAGCUUUCUUUCCAGAUCUAAGUCUGCUUUGUUGAACCCGGAUCGCAAUCUUCCUCUAAACAAACUACUUCGCUGGACAGUCUACGAUCAUUUUUGUGCAGGAGUAAAUAAGAAGGAAGUGUCACAGACGGUGGCAGAUAUCAAGAAGAUUGGUUAUCAAGGUGUUAUUUUGGGAUACUCGAAGGAAAUUGUGCUGAAUCUUAAUGAAACGCUUUCGGUUGAUAAAUCAGGUACCUCGCAGUACAGUGAUAUGUGUUAUGAGAUGGUCGAAGAAUGGAAAAACGGCACCCUGGCAACAUUACAUAUGGUUGGGCCCGGCGACUUUCUUGCAGUGAAGUUGACAGGUGCCGGGCCUAUUUCAGUGGAUGCAAUGAUGGCGCGUCAGCCCAUGCCAGAAGCUAUGAGUAAAGCCGUGGAUGAAAUUUGCAUUGCGACAAAGCAACAGGGCUCCCGUCUCUGGCUAGACGCAGAGCAACAAGUGUUACAAAAAGGGCUUGACGACUGGGCCAUUGAAAUCAUGCGCAAACAUAACCAAUCGGAAACACCUAUCGUUUAUAACACCAUCCAAGGGUACCUCAAAGAGUCUAAGGCAAAUCUGGACUGCCACCUUACCUUGGCCGCACGGGAAGGCUGGAGUCUCGGAAUCAAGCUGGUUCGAGGAGCGUAUAUUGAACACGAAACUCGCUCUCUCAUUCAUGAUACACAAGAGGACACCGAUAUGUCGUAUGAUCUCAUCGCUGACACUAUGCUCCGUCGCAAAAUGCCCACCGGAAGCGAAAAAUUGGCAUUUCCGAAGGCUGCACUCUUCCUCGCAACCCAUAAUGCAGCCAGUGUAACAAAAGCAAUCGCUACAUAUCAGAAUCGUCUUUUAGCAAAAGAACCUACGAUAAUGCUUGAAUGUGGGCAGAUUCAGGGUAUGGCUGAUGAACUCAGUUGUGAAUUGGUGCAAAACUAUGAACGAGCUCUUGAGCAUUCAUCUGCGGCCAACUUGACCGUUCCGAAAGCUUUCAAGUGUAUGACAUGGGGAUCAGUUGCUGAGUGCAUGGGUUAUUUGCACCGCCGGGCCAUCGAAAAUCGAGGGGCAGUGGAACGAACUCAACACAUGCUCACUGCAUUGCGGGGUGAACUAUGGCGAAGAAUGUUCUAG